GAUAAGUCAACAGUAUCUUUAACUUUCAGAAUGGAGUCAUUAUCUGUAUUCAUAUGUAUCUUAAACAGAUCAAACACUUAACUGCGCUCCAGAAUGCUGAUAUCACGUAUAGAAUCGGAACAUACAGUAUCCGUGUAGGUUGUAGGGUAGCAGGACGUAACAUGUAGCUUUUAGUUGCUUUGAUACUAGUUUGUGGAUCGAAAGAAGAAAACCCACACGGGCUAAGUUUUACAAUAUGACCAGUCGUUCAGCUUAAAGAAGGCCCUCAUCCAUGAAGCUGGAAUGCCCAAAGGACGUGACUGGCUUUAGUCGGAUUUACCAAUAGUUGGAUCUGUAAUCCCUCGCCGCGCAGGCGAUGAUACGCUGUACAUUUCAUUUACAGUAAUUCACGUGCACAGACUGUUUGGAUAGUCUGCACUAACCUUCAAUUGCAAUAAGAUGUGUUAUAGAAUCCGGACAAUCUCUACUUCCUUGGUUAUAGCUGCUGUUUUAGAUAGACACUAGUCGUUCUUCAAGAUGGAUUGGUUGCUGCUUAUUUUACAAUUGGGGAUGGUUAUCACGUGGCAAAAGUGUCACGCUAGAGACGUCGUGCAAAUGUCCACGGAGAAGGUCCUGAUUAAAAAUUUACUAUCGGAGUACAAAGAGCGGGGGAUCAUGGGACGACCGGUGGAGCGUCACCAUCAGAUCCUGACAGUGAAGUUCGGGCUCAGUCUGAUACAGAUUCUCGACCUGGACGAGAGAAACCAAGUACUGACCACCAACGUUUGGGUCACUUACGAAUGGAAAGAUAUUUACAUGCGUUGGAAUGAAUCCGAGUUUGACAGCAUAGCGAAGAUCAGGGUCCCCAAGGGUAGUAUAUGGGAACCCGACAUAAAACUGUACAACUAUGCUGAUGAGAGGAUGGAGGAGAGGAGAGAUGCUAACAUGGUUAUUCAUAGUGAUGGAACUGUGUUGUGGAUUCCCCAAGCGAUAUUUAAAAGUGUGUGCAAAAUAGACAUUAUGUACUUCCCUUUUGACAUACAGACUUGUAAACUGAAAUUCAGCACAUGGAGUUACGAUGGUGGACAGAUUGACCUGCAGGAACACUAUGGAGUACCAACGGGGUUCGAAUUGUCGGAUUACGUGGAAAGUAACGAAUGGAAUGUUCUCAAGUCUGGUGUCAGUAGAAACGUCAUCACUUACGCGUGUUGCCCGGAUGCUCCCUAUGUUGACAUCACAUUUAUGAUUAAGAUCAAACGAAAACCUGCAUUUUAUAACUACAUAUUGAUUCUUCCUUGUAUUCUGCUGUCCUCUCUAACGUUAGUGUUAUUUUGGCUUCCACCAGAGUCACCAGCAAAAAUGCAGUUAGGAAUGAAUAUAUUUGUGGCUUUCUUUGUGUUACUUCUCCUUCUGAACGAAUCAACACCACCGGCGUCAGCCUCUAUACCCCUCAUCGGUGCUUACUACUGUCUGAACAUGAUCAUGAUUACACUGUCAACCUUUUUAUCCGUCGUCAUUGUAAAUCUUUACUUCCGAGGGUCAAAGUCACGUGUACCACGGCCGAUUAAAACGAUAAUGGUUGAUUACAUAGCAAAAAUAAUGUGCAUGCACGAUCAAGUGACAGCGAAUAAUAACCCAGGACAAGAAAGUUUUCGAAUUGUGAGAGGAGGCAACAAAAAAGAAAAAAAUGUGAAAUAUGACAAGGUUGGUUACUUCGAAAUGCAAGCUGAGAGCAGCUGGAAGGAACAGCCAAAUGGCACGUUACACAAUGAUCAAGCAAACUCAGGUGAACAAGAUAAGAUGGAGAUGUCCACCAGCUUUUCCGGACACUUUGACAAUAUGUCCAGUGAUGUGAAAGAAAUCAAAGCAUAUCUAAAGAAGAUGAUUGACAAAGUGGCUGACAAGGACGCCAAGGAGGUGAUAGCCAGAGAAUGGCGAAUUGUUGCUCUGGUGUUGGAUAGGCUCUUCUUCUUCCUAUACUUCCUGUCGAUCAUCAUCUCCGUCUGUGUUGUUUUUAAGAAUGUGCUUUUUGAUUCUACAGAUAUUAGUGAAUUGAAGUAAUGAUAUAGAAUUUGUUGAUAUACAAUUGCACAUACUAGAUGCAAAUGAAGUCGUUACGUCCAAAAUGCGAUAUACAUCUCAUAUUUGUAAUAUCUAUGUAUCAGCUUGUCCAACAUUGAAUUUUACUGAAUGCUAUGUUUUGAUCAAUAACUACGGAAUGUAAAAAUUGCAUCAAAUGUAACACCGAACUCCUGGCUUAGGUUCAUCCAUUUAUUUCACACUAUAAAAUGUGCUGUAUAUGCACUUAAUGGAGCCUCUAAUAGAUAUAUAUAAAUAUCAACUUAUAAUAAUAAACAUGCAUUAUCAUCACAAUCAAACUAAAAUGAAUCGUCAUAAGAACUUUUCCCCUUUAUUUAGAUAAUACGAAUAUCUACAUAUUAUGCUUAUGUUUCACCUUUAUUAUGAUCACUUUAAUUAAAGCUAAUGAAUUGCACACUCAAUGUCAUAAUAUGUUUAAUAGGCCAUGUAUUCAAUUACCUCCUAUGGGAUGGAGCCCAGCGCAUAAAAUAUAUUACAUAGGAAUAGGUUAAUAAAAAAUAUACAUACAUGUAAUCUCAGGGCUAUACCGGUAAAAAAAAAUUUUUAGAUACGUAAAUAUGAAAGCACUCUAUGCUCAGAGUUAGCAUAGAUUACAAGAUUUUACUUUUAUUUGAUAGUCUAAACUUGCAGUCUCUUAAAGUGAAGUAAAUGAUAAAGAUUCCAAUGCUGUCCAGUCUGUACUGUAAAUGAUAAAGAUUCCAAUACUGUCCAGUCUGUACUGGGGUCUAAAAUGUCUUAGCUAGGUCUUUAUCGCUUCCUCUUUCAAGAUUUCGAGUAAAAUCUACUAAAUACCAUCCAUUCACAAGAACCAAUGAAAUUUAAAUACAAGACCUUUCAACUUGCCCAUACGACCACUAAGUUUAUGGGGUGGUUCUAUAAGUUAACGAAAAUUCAUAACAAUUAAGUUUUGAUCUGUCAAUCAAUUUCCAGGUUUUGAAAUCAAAUGUACAUUUUUAUGAUAUACCAAUCUAUUCCUGAAUAUCAUUUCAGAAAGACAAUUCAUCGACGAAUGACGCGAGGUUGAUGUUCAUUUCUUCCGUUUUCAUUCAACAUUUAAUAUGUACAUUUGAUGUAAAUAAUUUUGGAGGAAUUUCUUCCAUUUAAUGAUCACUCAGAAGUGUUUGUUUUCUGUUUAUUGAUUUUAUAGAUGAAUAUAAUGUUACGCAAGAAUUCGGCAAUGCAAUAGCUAUGAAUCAUUUUAGAAACAUUAUAGUAUUUAAUUGCACAAUGGUGAAUUUGUCACAUUACCUGUGUGCACUUAUUUUAUGGAAAUGGGUGUAAAAUGAAUAAAGACACACACAACUGUU